AUGACGGCCAUUGAUGUGACGGCACAGCCCAGCCUUCCCUCACGCUAUAGAGUGGAACCGGGUUCCUGCGAUAUCCCUAUCGGUGUUCUGCCGAAGACGUGCACAUCCACGCCCGAAAAACCAGAGAUUAUCGCUAGUAACGUGAUCGAGAAGGUCAACAGUAGCAUUGUGAAGAAGGAUGCUGCAGCUCUCGCGUCGCUGUUCAUUAAUAACAGUUACUGGCGCGAUCAUCUCUGUCUCACAUGGGAAUUCCGGACGCUGAAAGGAGCCGAAGCUCUCUCGAAGUUUGUUGUUGAAAGCCCUUCGGUCAUCAAGUUUGAGCUUGACAAUUCCUCUCCAUUUACAGCACCGCAUAAUGGCCCGAUUGAUGCCUUUGGUGAGGUCCACGGAAUUGAGUUCUUUGUUAAAGUUUCUACGGGCUUCGGUAACGGCAGGGGCAUUGUACGACUUGCCCAAGAGGGAGAGGAGUGGAAGAUCUUCACCGUCUUCACAACUCUUAACGAGAUCACCAGCCACGAGGAACUAGUUAAUGGCCACCGACCCGUUGGAGUGCAGCAUGGCGCACACCAGGGCCGAACGAACUGGCAAGAUCGACGUACUGCGAGUGAAAAUUAUGAAGAAAAAGAUCCUGCUGUUCUCAUCGUCGGUGCCGGCCAAGGAGGUCUGACUGCAGCUGCACGUCUGAAGAUGCUGAAUGUUGACACCCUGGUAAUUGACCAAGAAGACCGAAUCGGAGAUAGCUGGCGUCAUCGCUACCACCAACUUGUUCUACACGAUCCAGUGUGGUAUGAUCACAUGCCAUACAUUCCCUUCCCACCCAACUGGCCCAUCUUCACGCCCAAAGAUAAACUAGCGGAGUUCUUCGAAUCCUACGUUAAGCUACUCGAACUCAACGUCUGGGUCCGCACCGAGUUGAAGUCCUCAUCUUGGGACGAGAAAGCAAAGCAAUGGACUGUUGUCUUAGAGCGCACGAAAGCAGAUGGCUCGACUGAGACACGCACUUUCCACCCACGCCAUGUAAUUCAGGCCACCGGACACUCCGGGAAGAAGAACCUGCCCACCUUCAAGGGGAUGGAGAAUUUUAAGGGUGAUCAAAUCUGCCACAGCUCCGAGUUCCCUGGCGCAAAGGAGGGACAAAAGGGCAAGAAGGCCAUUGUUGUUGGCUCAUGUAAUUCGGGUCAUGAUAUUGCUCAAGACUACUAUGAGAAGGGUUAUGAUGUAACCAUGGUGCAGCGAAGUUCGACGUGUGUGGUUUCGUCCAACUCUAUUACUGAGAUCGCUCUCAAGGGCCUUUAUGAUGAAGCGGCGCCGCCUACUGAAGAUGCGGAUACUUAUUUGAUGAGUGUGGCGCCCGAGCUAUUCAAGCUGCAGCAGACGAAGGUCACGAAGGCCGUGAACCAGAACGACGCGAAGACACUUGAAGGGUUGGCAAAGGCAGGCUUCCAGGUCGAUCGCGGUCCCAUGGAGGCGGGGCUUUUGCUAAAGUACUUCCAGCGUGGAGGUGGUUAUUACAUUGAUGUGGGAGGAAGCCAGUUGAUUGUAGAUGGGAAGGUGAAGGUCAAACAGGGACAGGAGAUUAGUGAGAUUCUGGCGAAUGGGAUUCGGUUCGCCGAUGGGUCGGAGCUGGAGGCCGAUGAGAUUGUCUUUGCGACGGGAUACCAGAACAUGAGAACGCAGGCGCGCAUCAUCUUUGGUGACGAGGUCGCGGAUCGCGUUGGCAAUGUGUGGGGGCUGAAUGCGGAGGGUGAGUUCCGGACCAUCUGGCAACGCAGCGGGCACCCUGGGUUCUGGUUUAUGGGUGGAAACCUGGCACUGUGCAGAUACUACUCGCGUCUUUUGGCGCUGCAGAUCAAGGCUCUGGAGGAAGGCAUUGCUACGUACUAG